AUGAAUCUCUUACGCUUCUCGCCGAAUAUUGGCAGCUAUCUUGAUAGUUUUGGUUGUAUGGAUUUGCUUAUAAUGAACUCUAUGGCAACACCAACAACAGAUUUUCUACUAUCAACAGUUGAGCUUGGAUAUUUAGAUGCAUCACGAGUAGAAAAUAUUCAACCAGAAUUUCUCUGUUCCAUAUGUUUAAAUGUUUUAUGGAAACCAGUGGCUUGUCAAUCACAACCAGAUUCAGCUGUAAAACAUUGUCCAUUAAAUUGUUUAUAUGAAGAAAAACGUUGUCCACCAAUAUUUCUUACAUUUUUAUCUAAAUUAAAAGUUCGUUGUUCAUAUUCAUAUCAUAACGGCUGUCAACAAUUAAUUGAUUAUGAAUCAUUAGAAACACAUGAACGAACAUGCCAGUUUGAAAAUCAAUCCUGUACAUAUUGCAAAACACUAGUAUCAAAGAAAAAUGGUGAUCAACAUACAAUGAAACAAUGUUUACAGAAAGUUGAACAACAUUGGAGAAAUGAUGGUUACAAUGAACCAGAUAUUGCCUCGCCGAUAAAAAGAAAAUCAAAAUUUUUGCGAUUUCUCCUAUACGAUGUUAUUUUACUCUACGCAAAUCCAAAUUCUCCAAAAAUAAUCAAUGUAUUAAAUCAAGAUCCAGUUCACAUAAAAAAAACUGGUGUGAUAAAUGGUUUAUACCAAUAA